CUCUCAGCUCAGUCGAAAAAAAACGUUGAAUGAGUCAGAUGCGGGUCGGAUGGUGCCGCAGGCCAAUGAAUUAACUCGCCCACGUCUACAAGCGCUCGAUUCAAAAGUUCCUAUAAUAUUUAAGCCUAAGGAUAAAACAUAACAUAGUACAAAACUAUCGCCGCUAACUUAAAGUAAUUACCAACUGAACUAGCUAAUAACCCAACAUACUUCAAGUCCAACCACAAUAUAUAUGUGCAAACACAAAUACAAUUCGACCAAAUUCUAAAUGCCUUCUCUUGAAGGUCCAGCAUUCCAGUCAGCUGAUAAUGGAUUCGACGGCUCCUAAGAACCUCAGAAAGCUCCUAAUCUUUUAAGGAGAAGUGAUGCCAUUGACUCAAUAAAUUGCUCCAAUAAUGGUAAUGACGACGGCUCUCCAAUGUCCAGUUCUGAUGUGGAAACUUUUAACGGCAAAAUAGUUUACAAUCUCGAUGGCAGUGCAUACGUUAUCGCCACAGACAAUGCCAAUGGAAGUGGAUCGGGGUCUGCUCAAAGUUGUUAUACCCCAACUGCGAAUUCAGUAAAGAAACUCUCAACGGUAAAAGAUCGUGGACAGGGGGAGAAGGAAAAGGAACACCAGCAUCAACAUCAUCAAGGUCAGGGCGAAACACAGGAGCAGGAACUAGCUGAUGUGGAUGCUGGUCCUGGUAUCGAAACGGUAGGGAGAGCCACCUACAAGUCGAGUCCAAAAGUCCAUUCCUUUCGUGUCGUAUCCGCACAAGAUGCAAACUCAGCUUGCCAGGAUCAAAUCAGAACAUUCAAAAUCCAAAAGCCAAUUUUAAUGUGUUUUAUAUGCAAGUUGUCCUUUGGCAACGUCAAGUCCUUCAGUUUGCAUGCGAACACCGAACACAGACUCAACCUGGAAGAGCUGGACCAGCAGCUACUUAAUCGCGAGUACUCCAGUGCCAUUAUUCAGCGAAAUAUGGAUGAGAAGCCGCAGAUAUCCUUUCUGCAGCCAUUGGAUAAUAACGCCCCCUGCUCUGCCAGCGAUGACACCGAGAAGCUUCAAGUAGCCUCCGAGGGCAGUGGCCCCGUUCUUCCUCAGUCUCCGCAGCCAGUUCUCGGCAAUGAGUCUGAACUGGAGAUGGAGCUGGAGCUGGAGCCCGAGGGCAAGCAGAUGGCUGAGCAGGUCCGGGUCCCGGACCAGGGCCGGGAGCAGGAGCCUGAGACUGACCAGGACUCCAGUAGUAGUAAAAUGGCGGCACCUAGUGCAUAUCUCCCAUUAUCAUCGCCUCAAGUAGCAGUGAAAGCCACUGUGAAAUUUGGUUCCUUAAACUCAGCAACAGCAAAGACUAAUAACCUAUCAAAAGUAUCCUCAACCAGUUCACCUACAUCGGCAUACGCAUCCGCAUCCGCAUCCGGAGAGGUCUCAUUACCCAGUACUGAUAAUAUAAGUAUCAAUAAGUCAACCAAUUCUAACCAAGGUGUAGAACCGCCAUCUUCCUCGUCGUCAGAAGUCGAAAUGAAAAUGGGCUCUAUGUCUGCGUCACCUCAAACAAAUGACUCGGAUGUUCCCUGCUCAGAUUUAAUACAGCUGCAGCAUGCGGCGGCCGGUGGCAUAUACCCUCCUCAAGUCAGUUCCUUCCACGCAUCCCUAGCAGCGCUGGCCGCCAAUGAAUCGAACGACAGCCGGGUCAAGCUGAUCACAGAGUUUCUCCAGCAGCAGCUGCAGCAGCAUCAGCAGCAUCAGCAGCAGAGCUCCCUGUUUCCCAGCCACUGUCCCGACCAUCCGGACUUGAACGGUGUGGACUGCAAAGCCUGCGAGCUCCUCGACAUCCAGCAGCGGUCAAAGUCGCCACCCUCCUCGCAUCAGCAUCAGCACCAGCAUCUUUCACAAUCCCUGCCCCAGCUUCAGGUUCAGUCGCAGCAACAACCCCAGCAGAUGCCACAUCGUUCUCCUUGCAGCAACAGCGUGGGCCUGGCCAUAUCGCCCAGUGCCUCCUCGGUGGCCAGCGUUGGAAACGCGUCGAGCGCCACUACCAGCUUCACCAUCGGCGCCUGUUCCGAGCACAUCAAUGGUCGUCCCCAAGGAGUGGACUGUGCGCGCUGUGAAAUGCUUCUAAACUCGGCUCGAUUGAAUAGCGGCGUGCAAAUGUCUACUCGCAACUCCUGCAAGACUCUCAAGUGUCCGCAAUGCAAUUGGCACUAUAAAUACCAGGAGACACUGGAGAUCCACAUGAGGGAGAAGCAUCCUGAUGGAGAGAGUGCCUGUGGUUACUGCCUUGCAGGACAACAGCAUCCUCGGCUGGCACGGGGGGAAUCCUACUCCUGCGGUUAUAAGCCGUACCGCUGUGAAAUCUGCAACUACUCCACGACCACCAAGGGCAAUCUCUCCAUCCACAUGCAAUCGGACAAGCAUCUGAACAACAUGCAGGAGCUGAACAGCUCCCAAAACAUGGUGGCGGCCGCGGCUGCUGCAGCAGCGACAAGCAAACUGCUGCUAUCGAGCACGUCACCCCAAGGAUCUGGUGCGGGCACGUCCGGCAGCGGAUCCAGCGGUGCCACCGGCUCCUCUGGCUCCUCUGGCUGCGGCGGACCCAACAAUGUCGGCGGCACCGCAGCACUGGGUGGAAACGCACCGAUCGCCGGUGCGGGAACGGGAGCAAGUAACUCCAAUGCCAAUGCCGGAAGCAAUGCCGGAAGCAACAGCGCCAAGCCAAAGCCCUCGUUUCGGUGCGACAUCUGCAGCUACGAGACCUCCGUGGCUCGCAAUCUGCGCAUCCACAUGACCAGUGAGAAGCACACACACAACAUGGCUGUGCUGCAGAACAACAUCAAGCACAUCCAGGCGUUCAACUUCCUGCAGCAACAGCAGCAAGGAGCCGCUGGCAGUGUUCCAGGACACAGCUCCGGGAGCUUUAUGCCCGAGGUUGCGCUGGCCGAUCUCGCCUAUAACCAGGCGCUCAUGAUCCAGCUGCUACACCAACAGCAACAGCAGCAGCAGCAACAUCAGCAGUCGGCUAAUACCAAAUUAUCUCCCUCGUCUUCGCCCGUGAGCACUCCGGAUCAGUUCUCCUUCUCCCCCAAGCCAAUGAAGAUUGGCCACGGAGGACUGGCAGGAAUGGGCAUGGGCCUGGGGAUGCCGAUGGGAAUGAGCCACUCGAACGAAGUGCCCGGCGACCUGGCUGGCGAUCCUCAUCCGCUGACGAAAACCGACAAGUGGCCCACGGCGUUCUUCAGCUGUCUAAUCUGCGACUGCUUCAGUACGAACAACCUGGACGAUCUUAACCAACAUUUGCUCGUGGACCGAUCUCGGCAAUCCUCCAGCGCCUCUUCCGAAAUAAUGGUUAUCCACAAUAACAACUAUAUAUGCCGGCUGUGCAAUUACAAGACGAAUCUCAAGGCCAAUUUCCAACUGCACAGCAAGACGGACAAGCACUUGCAGAAGCUCAACUUUAUCAACCACAUCAGGGAGGGCGGCCCCCGUAAUGAGUACAAGAUGCAGUAUCAACAGCAGCUGGCCGCCAAUGUGGUGCAAGUGAAGUGCAACUGCUGCGACUUCCACACCAAUUCUAUUCAGAAGCUGUCCCUGCACACACAGCAGAUGCGUCACGACACGAUGCGAAUGAUAUUCCAGCACCUACUGUAUAUUGUUCAGCAGAGCCAAAUGCUCAAGAAGUCCCCGGGUGCGUCGGAAGAUGAUCCCCAAUGCUCCUGUCCGGAGGAGGAUCAGCAGUCGCAAUCGCAAUCGCAGUCCGCCAGGAAACUGCUCCUCUGCCAGCUGUGCAAUUUCACGGCCAAAAACCUGCAUGAAAUGGUUCAGCAUGUGAAGGGCAUGAGGCACAUGCAGGUCGAGCAAUUUAUUUGCUUGCAGCGUCGUAGUGAAAACCAGGAAAUACCCGCACUGAGCGACGUGUUCAGAGUGACUGAGUGGAUCGUGGACAACGAAGAUAUUACUUUCGAGACUGGCUUUAACUUGUCAAGGACUGGAACCAACGAAGCCACCCCGGAUGCCAGUUAUGCUACGGCAUUAUCUGCGUCUGGAGUCCCUGCACUCCCUGACGUCAGUAUAUUUUCACCGACUUCUCCCUCCAGUUGCGCGACACCAUGCGGCAAGCCUGUGGGCCACAUGGCAUCUCCUGGCCUGAAUAACUUUGGCUCGGGCGCCCCUGUUCCUACCACAGUAUUCAAGUGCAAUCUCUGCGAAUACUUUGUUCAAUCGAAGGGCGACAUUGCGUCCCACAUUGAGACCGAGCACCCGUGUGCUGAGAGUGAUGACUUUAUAAGUAUACCAACCAACACAGCCGCUCUGCAGGCUUUCCAAACAGCUGUGGCCGCAGCUGCUCUGGCUGCGGUGCAACAGCGAUGCGCCGCUAUUAAUGCUCCGGCGCAGGAUGCCGGCGAAGCAGAGAAGGACAUGGACGCCAAUGCCAAUGCCAAUGCCGACGACAAUGCCAACGACGGCCCAGUGGCUAUCAAACGGGAGCGGCUUGAGGAGGAUGAUGAGGCCAUGGCAGUUAUAGAAGAUACCAAAGACGUUCCAUCUCAGGCGACGUCUUCUGCCCCUCCGGAGUCGCCGAAACGUCCGGAAUCACAAGUCGGGGUCCAGUGCCCAUUGUGCCUGGAAAAUCAUUUCCGGGAGAAACAUCACCUGGAGGCCCAUCUGACAAGCGUCCACAGCGUUACCAGAGAUGGUCUUUCCCGGCUCUUGCUUCUAGUGGACCAGAAAGCCUGGAAAACCGAAGGUGAGGGCACCGACACUGCAAGCCUACCCCCCCAAUCGAAUACCAACAAGGAGGAGGCGCCGGCAACACCUAGUGAAAGCCCCUCCAGUGCCAACGCAACCAAGUGCACCACCGCAUCUAGCUCAAGCCUCCCAGUGGGAAUGCAGGGACUCUCCUGCCAGCAGUGCGAGGCCAGCUUCAAGCACGAGGAACAGCUGCUCCAGCAUGCGCAGCAGAACCAGCACUUCUCGUCACAAAACGGAGAGUACUUGUGUCUGGCAGCCAGCCACAUCAGCCGACCCUGCUACAUGGGCUUCAGAACCAUUUCAGCCAUGAUCAGCCACUUCCAGGACUCGCACAUGAGCCUAGUUAUCUCAGAGCGCCAUGUCUACAAGUAUCGCUGCAAACAGUGCUCGCUGGCCUUCAAGACUCAGGAAAAGCUCACGACGCACAUGCUCUACCACUCAAUGCGGGAUGCUACGAAGUGCUCUCUUUGCCAACGCAACUUUCGCAGCACCCAGGCGCUCCAGAAGCACAUGGAGCAGGCGCACUCUGAAGAGGGAACUCCACUAGCCAGGUCAAACAGUCCGCAGACGCCGACUUUGAAUGCCGAGGAGGCACACAAGCAUUCUCCACGUGAGACACAUGCGCUAGAGAGAGAGGUCCCAGGGAACGAUGUGUCGCCGCUUCGGCUAGAGGCGCAACUAAGCAAGGAAUCCAGGCACUUGUCGCCCAGCCCAAUGUCUGCGGACUCCCAGGCCCAGCAGCAAUACCUAGCCACUUUCGCAGCUCUGCUCAAGCAGCAGCAGGGUAACUCAGAAGCUGUUGGCCUCCACCCCGAAGGCUUGUCGCUGUCCGCUGGAGAAUUAUCCCAGCACUUGCAGGGUCUCCAAAACCUGCAAAGCCUUCAGCAUAUGCAACAGCAGUUUGGUGCCGUAGCUGCCGCAUCCGGACUACCGAUUAAUCCGGUAGACAUGCUUAAUCUAAUGCAGUUUCACCACCUGAUGUCCCUGAACUUCAUGAAUCUGGCUCCCCCCUUGGUGUUCGGCGCUGGCGCCGCCGGUAGCAAUGCCCUUCCCGCGUCAACAGCCCAGCAUAACAGCAUUACCUCCUCCACCGUGUCGGCUGCUUCAGGACUAGCUGAUGUUCAGCUCACCACCGGAGCUAACGCCAUGGCGGUUGACUCUGCUAAAGCUAUAAUUUCAGCUCAGCCUCAGCACAAUGUCAACUCAAACCCUCAGUCUCAACAGCUGGGCAGCAACCAAAAACGAGCCCGAACGCGAAUCACGGAUGAUCAGCUAAAGAUUUUGCGGGCACAUUUCGACAUAAAUAACUCCCCAAGCGAAGAGAGCAUUAUGGAAAUGUCACAGAAAGCAAAUCUCCCAAUGAAGGUGGUGAAACACUGGUUCCGAAACACGCUAUUUAAGGAAAGACAACGCAAUAAGGACUCUCCUUAUAACUUCAACAAUCCACCGUCGACAACUCUUAAUUUGGAGGAAUAUGAACGUACAGGUCAGACCAAGGUUACACCCUUGAAUGAUACAAGUAGCGUAUCAGUAUCAGCGCCAUUGAGCACAUCAACGAUUUCAUCGGCACCAUCUGCUAAUCCAAAUACGAACUCUAAAGAAAGCGGAAGUACAAGAGUAACAACGGUUGGAAAAUCAAUAGCAGCAGCGCCUGUUUUAUUUCCUGUUACCGUUCCAGUCUCAACAUCUGUCUCUCGCCCAGAAUCAACGAACUCGAGCGGUAAUAUAUCCGACUAUUUGAACAAUAGCUUGUUUUUUGGACAGCACGCGGGCAAGGACCAAGGUUUGCCGUAUCCUGUGGAGGGACACAUAAAGUCAGAGCCCCAGGAUGAUAUGAUUGGCUCAAAUGACUUCGCAUUUCAAACCAAGCAGCACUCAAACUUCAACUUCUUGAAGCAUCAACAGGAACUUGUGGAUCCCCAAGAACAGUCCAUGACAAAUCAGGAGUCGGAUAUGACGCAGGACCAAUCCUUACUUGCCGGUUCUUCGCUUGCGGCCCACUGUCAAAGCCAACAGCAAACUAAUAUUUUUGAAACUAAAUCGGAGAGUGGUAGCUCGGACGUUAUGUCUCGCCCACCCACUCCAAACAGUGGAGCUGCAGGAAAUCUUUACGGCAGUAUGAACGAUUUGAUAAACCAACAGCUGGAAAACAUGGGCAGCAACAUGGGGCCACCAAAAAAACUACAGAUUGUUGGAAAAACAUUCGACAAGAACUCAACGCCAAUCUCGAGCUCGACCAGCGCUAGCACCCAGUUCGAAAGUAACUCUUCGAACUCCUCAAGCUCCUCAUCAUCGACAUCGGGCGGCAAGCGAGCGAACCGAACACGCUUCACAGACUAUCAAAUCAAGGUAUUACAGGAGUUUUUCGAGAACAAUUCGUACCCCAAAGACAGCGAUCUCGAGUAUUUAAGUAAGCUUUUGUUAUUAUCUCCACGAGUCAUCGUUGUUUGGUUUCAAAACGCCAGACAAAAGCAACGCAAGAUUUACGAGAACCAACCGAACAACUCCCUGUUUGAAAAUGAAGAGACCAAGAAACAAAACAUUAACUAUGCGUGCAAAAAGUGUAGCUUGGUUUUCCAGCGGUACUACGAGCUAAUCCGUCACCAGAAAAAUCACUGCUUCAAAGAGGAGAAUAACAAGAAGUCGGCCAAGGCACAAAUCGCUGCUGCUCAAAUUGCGCAAAACCUGAGCUCGGAGGACUCAAACUCCUCGAUGGAUAUACACCAUGUCGGCAUUUGUCCACCAGGCUCAGCCGUAGUUGGGCAGUCUUUGUCAACAGUUGGUUCUGCAGCUCCUUUGCCGGGACAGUUCGGACAGCAAUCUUUUGGCGCUUUGCCCUCGCCACAGCAUUUAUUCGCAAAGUCUUCUUCUCUCACUGACUUCAGCCCAUCCACGACACCAACGCCACCCCAACGAGAACGCAGCAACAGUUUGGACCACCCACAGCGAGCUCCCAAGUUUGACUGUGAUAAAUGCGAGCUGCAGUUUAACCACUUGGACAAACUGCGAGAACAUCAACUAUUGCACCUGAUGAAUCCAACCAACAUUUUUUCUGACGCUGGACAGAACUCCAAUCCUGACGCCAACUUCGGUCCGUUCGGCAGCAUAUUGCAAAGUCUUCAACAAGCAGCGGCUCAACAGCAACAGCAACAGCCACAACAUCAACCACCAGCAGCAAAAAAACGAAAAUACUCGGACAGCUCUUCAAAUCCAGAUGAUAUGCCGAUUUUAUCGGAGCCCGAGGCUUUACAUAAGAAGCACGAGUUCCUGUAUAAAUAUUUUAUGCAAAAUGAAACGAACCCGGAACUAAAGCAGCAGUUCCUCAUGCAACAACAACAUAAGAAAGCACUGCAGCUUCAAACGCCAGACCAAGGAAAUGAAUCUGACUUUGAGCUGGAGUUCUUGACUAACUUUUAUCAGCAGAGCGAGUUAAAGAAGGUCAGUAACUAUGACUUCCUACUGCAGUACUAUCGCACACAGGAGGAGGCAGUCUUGAAGACAAAAUGCAAGCAACCGCAUCUCUUUAGCUCCAGUAAAAAGCCAACCAUAGAGUUUCUAUUGCAGUACUAUCAACUGAACGAGUCAAAGAAGUUUUUUCAGUUAGUUGCCUCGCCCCAAAUAAUGCCUGAUGGCCCAGGCUACAACCCGUCGUCGCAGAUGCCAAAAAUCACGACAGAUGACGUCAGUAAUGCUAUCGGCGAAAGAUCAUUGGAGCAGGCAACAGAACUACAAAAAGAGGAACAAGAAGAACGAUUUAGCAUCGAUAAGCCAUGUGAGGAAAAUGAUUUGUCUAAAAACCAGAACGAAGUGGAAAAGCUUAAUAACAACAACAUUAGCAUCAACACGACUCAAACCGAUACAACCGACACGAACGGUAGUCAAUCUGUUGAAAUACCUGAGGAGUUGUCAGUGGCGCCCACAUUAAUUGCAGGUAAUGAUGAUAGCAAAUAUUUAGCCACGAGAUGCUUACAAAAAGAUGACAAGGAAAAGUCCCAGUACCUACACAAUCUGGAGGACUUCUUGGAUGCCACCAUGAUAGAAAACAAUUCCCAGACCUUGACUUUUAAUGAUGACGAGAAAACUUGCCAAAAAGACGAAUCAACGCACAAAGCCAACGAGAUGGAAAAACGGUCGUCUGUGUCUCCGGUUAAUGUUUCAUCCAAGCAAAACAAACGCCUACGUACAACCAUUCUUCCGGAGCAACUGAACUUUUUGUACGAAUGUUAUCAAUCCGAAUCAAAUCCAAGCCGAAAAAUGCUUGAAGAGAUAUCUAAAAAAGUUAAUCUGAAGAAACGAGUAGUGCAAGUCUGGUUUCAAAAUUCUCGGGCCAAAGACAAAAAAUCCCGUAAUCAGCGACACUAUGCACACAUAUCUGACGAUAACAGCUAUGAUGGCUCUAGUGGCAAGGAAGUGGUCAGCGACCUAAAAGCUAAUGGCGGAUCCGUGGAACAGGAUCACGAAUCGAAUCUACAGGACUGCCAGCUGUGCCAAGUCACCCAAGUCAACAUCCAAAAGCACGCUUUUAGCGUAGAGCAUAUCUGCAAGAUGAAGAAGCUACUCGAACAAACCACCGAGCUUUAUGCCCAGAGCAAUGGCAGCGGCAGUGACGACAACGAUUCCGACAGGGAAAAGAGGUUUUACAACUUAUCAAAGGCCUUUCUGUUCCAACACGUUGUUACAAGUGCGACAAACAACUCUAAUCUUACACCGGGUUCUGGACAAGAUUCAGACACUCUUCCUGAAGGCAACUGCAUGCUUAACUAUGAUACAACUAUUGGUGAUUCGAAGAGUCAUACUCAGCAUAAUUUGCCUGCCGAUGUCGUAUCUGAAGAUGUGCGAAAGAUCACUGGUAAUCAGGAACUUAUGCAGCAGCUAUUUAACCGAAACCAUAUCACCGUUAUAGGUGGAAAGUAAAUGGAGUUGGUAUGGCCUUUGAACUGUGGAUAGUGGUUAAACGUAGACUACGAAUCGGAAACGAUCGCAAAAUAAGAUGAGAAAGAUACGUACGCGAGAAAAAUACAAACAUAAACAAACAUACUACGAAAACUAAAAAGUUCCUAUUUUACAAAAAUUUAUAAAAACAUUGACAUUCCAUGAACCAAAUGAAUAUACAGAAAUAUGUAUUGAAAUUCUUGCAAACACCUAUUUCAACAUUAGUAAGAGUUUCCUAAUUAUACGGAAGUGUUCCUAACUAUUCAAAAUAUAAAUUAGCGAUAAUCUUAAAGUAUACAAAAUUGAGGCAAUCCUAACCAAUUUGAAAUGGAGAGCUUAGCCUUGAUAAGUCGAAAAAACAAGGCAGCUCCAAAAAUAUCUAAUAACAUAGAUACAUAUAUAAUGAAUUAGAUUUAAUGAAACGUAAACUGAGUUCCUAGCAUUUGAUUGCUUUAUGCCUUUGUUUUCUAUAUUAGAAUAUAAUCGAUGAUAUUAAGAUCUGCUUCGGCAUGCCGAUCUUCUAAAAUCAUUUCAAAAGCUGAAGACAUACAUGGUUCCUAUUAAAUUUUCGGAAACUGUACAUGAUAAAACAAGCCGCUUUUUAUUCAUUUUAUUAUGUCAUAAUUAUGCUGAGAGUAAAUGUGCCAAUGUUUUAUUUUGCAAUGCAUGCUUAUAGCAUAAAAAAACAUUGCAUCUCUAAAACUAUAUUGUACUCAAUUUCUAUACUUAUAGCAAAUGCAUCCUAUUUGAAAAGGGAAGAUAAAGUACAUAGUUUAAAUGAAAACAUGAGUUUUUACUGUUUCUUUGAACCAAUAAGAUGAAUUCCUUGUUAAAUAUUUGUUACGGCGUAUUAAAUUAUUUACUCACACUACAAAAUUAAUUUAAGUUACUUUUCCUAUAUAUUUUUAUUUUAAAAUUAUGUUUGAGACAAAAAACAAUAAAUGUAAACUUCUAGGGGAGAGACGGGAGUUACUAUUUCACAAUUAAACCCAUUUUUUUAUUAAAGCUUCCAAGACAAAUCUUAGACUUUAAUGCAAAUCUCAGCCUAUUAUUGUACCGUUAUUUAUAUUUAUAAUUUUUCAUAUUCCCUGGCAAUCUAAAUAAAAACAUUUUGAAAGGACACAGUUCCCCAUAAAAAGUUACUUGAAAAAAAUAGCAUUAGACUGAUUCCUUUUUUAAAAACAGUUUUAAAUUACACAAAUUUAGAUUUAUUCAAUUUCAUUCCGCAUCACGUACAUUCAUACCUACUCGUAUAUGAAUAAGUGUAUUGUUAACUGCAAAUAAAUAUAUAGAUAUGUUGAGAGACAUAAGAAAAAUGUAAGAAGAAGUUCCUAUAGAAUUUAAUAAAAAGAUAUACAAAUAUAUGUACUUGUAAGUUCGUGAAUAACUAUAUAUGACAAAAUUUUCUGUUUAUCUAAUUUUAAAUUUAUGACAGGCAAUUAAAAAAAAAUAAUCUACACAUGUCCAUAUUAACGUUCGAAUAUUGAAAAUAUGUGAAGUGUUUAAAAUCCCAUAAUCAUUUUAAAAAAUAAUUAUUUUCAUACCUAUGUACUUAAGCAUUCAUAAUUGCCAACAACCACAGAUUUACAAGUAUGAACAUAAAAGCAGACUUACACUCUAAUAUAUAUAUAUAUGAUAACGAAACUAGGCCCUCGCAAUUAUAAAUAGGUAUUCGUUUGAAAAACUAAUCCAAAUU